AUGGAUGCACCAUGGAGCAGCAAAGAUACGCUCAGUAUCAAAGACCGAGUCUCUAGAUUGUCAAAAGAAAUCAUUGAUUUUGAAGAGUACAUCAAGCCAACCAAGACAGAAAAGCUGAAUCGAGACACACUGCUCUACUGCAUCACUCAAUUAGUGGAAUCGCUGUGGCCCAACAACUAUGAAAUUACAGCAUUUGGAUCCAGUGUCACCGGAUUGCAGUUUCCAGCCAGUGACAUUGACAUCAACAUUGAUUUCGAGCAAUUACCGAAAAACAAUGUGAUCGACGUACUCAAAAUCAUACGUAAAAAAGCGAUUGCGCAGCACAUAUUUUCAUUCAACAAUACUAGACUGGCAGCAGGUGCCAAGGUGCCUGUGUUUAUGGGUGAGGACGAUAAUGGUGUUUCAAUAGAUAUUACAGUACAGAACGAAUGCUUCAGUUCCGACAGAACAGCUGCGUGGGUCGCAGAAUAUCCUGCUUUGAAGCCUUUGUUCAUGGUCUUGAAACAGUCUAUUGCGAAUUGCCGAGUAUCUAGUUUACCACAAUUCGAACCUUUGUCUGCUAAAACAGCUGGACUCGCUAGUUAUUCGCUGGUCUGUAUGAUUGUCAGUUAUCUCCAGUUACAAGUACCCGAUACAUUGAAGCCCUCAGAUCCCAACUACUACGGUACUCUGUUGAUAGGGUUCCUCAACUUUUACUCUCAAUUUCCAAGCACAUCAACGGCUAUAUGUUUGACAGGCAAUGGAGCGUACCUUUCAAAAAGCGAGUGCCCUAUUCCAUUGGAUACAAAAUCAGGCAAAUUGACCAUCGUUGAUCCUGACGUCGAAGGUGUUAAUGUAGCUCGAAGUACAUUGCGAUUUGAUACCAUACAACUUAUCUUUGGAAAAACGCUCGAUAGUCUCCGUAAACGCAUUGCAUCCAGCUCAAAAAACGAAUCUAUUUUAUCGUCGAUAAUCAAAGUGGAGAAGCAUUACUACGGGGACCCGCGAAGAGAAGGACAUCGUUUCAAGCUACUGCAGUCAUGGAUCGAUACAGGAGCACCUGCUGUCAAAAAUAGAGGGUUUAAUCGCCGUCGCGGUGGCAUUGUGCAUAAAGCAGGUGGUAGAGAUCGACACGAACCUAUCAAUCGUCAUAGAGAUGACAGCAGGAAGAACCCUUAUAGUAAAAGUAGCCCGUAUGAGCGUCGUGAGAAUGUAAAUAGCCGUGUAUCCUUUGAGCGUCGUGAGAGUAUAGGCAGCCGUCCAUCCACAUCAUCGCCGUAUCGUCAGCCUGGAUACAGUAGGAUGCUGGAACAAGAUCACAACAGCAGAGAAUACGAGCGACACAAACGAAACAACAAUACACACUUGGCAGAACAUUACAGAGAAAAAUCUGAGAGAUCGCAAAAGAAGAGACGAUACAGAGAUUAA